AUGGUGGUCGGACGAAGGAAUUGUUGGAAAAUUUUCUCGGAGAAAAUGUUGUUAGCCCAGAUAAAUCGAGAUUCUCAGGGAAUGACAGAGUUUCCUGGAGGAGGAAUGGAGGCUCAGCAUGUUACCCUGUGCCUGACAGAGGCAGUUACUGUGGCAGAUGGUGACAAUUUAGAAAACAUGGAAGGUGUAAGCCUGCAAGCAGUAACGCUUGCAGAUGGUUCUACUGCUUAUAUACAGCACAAUUCUAAAGAUGGAAAACUCAUAGAUGGUCAGGUCAUUCAGUUGGAGGAUGGUUCUGCUGCCUAUGUUCAACAUGUACCCAUACCUAAAACUACAGGGGACAGUUUGCGUUUAGAGGAUGGGCAAGCAGUGCAGUUAGAAGAUGGAACUACAGCAUUUAUUCACCAUACCUCCAAAGAUAGUUAUGACCAGAGUGCAUUACAGGCAGUUCAGUUGGAAGAUGGCACCACAGCUUAUAUCCACCAUGCAGUGCAAGUCCCACAGUCUGACACCAUCCUGGCAAUUCAAGCUGAUGGGACAGUGGCAGGUCUGCACACGGGGGAUGCCGCCAUUGACCCCGACACCAUCAGUGCUUUGGAACAGUACGCAGCAAAGGUGUCCAUUGAUGGAAGUGAAGGUGUAACAGGUUCCGGAAUAAUCGGAGAAAAUGAGCAAGAGAAAAAAAUGCAGAUUGUCUUACAAGGACAUGCAACAAGAGUAACUGCUAAAUCUCAACAGAGUGGAGAGAAGGCCUUUCGAUGUGGCUAUGAUGGAUGUGGAAAAUUGUAUACAACAGCUCACCAUCUUAAGGUCCAUGAGCGGUCACACACAGGAGACCGGCCUUACCAGUGUGAGCAUGCAGGCUGUGGGAAAGCAUUUGCAACAGGUUAUGGAUUAAAAAGUCAUGUCAGAACUCAUACAGGAGAAAAGCCAUAUCGGUGUUCAGAAGAUAAUUGUACCAAAUCUUUCAAAACUUCAGGAGAUCUACAAAAACAUAUCAGAACUCAUACAGGAGAAAGGCCCUUUAAAUGUCACUUUGAAGGCUGUGGUCGGUCUUUUACAACAUCAAAUAUCAGAAAAGUGCAUAUUAGGACACAUACAGGAGAAAGACCUUAUUACUGCACAGAACCAGGAUGUGGGAGGGCAUUUGCCAGUGCAACCAAUUAUAAAAACCACGUGAGAAUACACACAGGGGAAAAGCCAUAUGUUUGUACAGUCCCUGGGUGUGACAAAAGGUUUACAGAAUAUUCCAGUUUGUACAAACAUCAUGUUGUUCACACUCACUCCAAACCAUACAACUGUAAUCACUGUGGGAAGACAUAUAAGCAGAUCUCCACGCUGGCCAUGCACAAACGAACAGCGCACAAUGACACCGAGCCCAUCGAGGAGGAGCAGGAAGCCUUCUUUGAGCCUCCCCCAGGUCAAGGUGAAGAUGUUCUUAAAGGGUCCCAGAUCACAUAUGUUACAGGCGUAGAAGGGGAUGACGUUGUAUCUACACAAGUAGCCACAGUAACCCAGUCUGGGUUGAGUCAACAGGUUACACUUAUAUCCCAGGACGGGACUCAGCAUGUCAACAUAUCUCAAGCUGACAUGCAGGCCAUUGGCAACACCAUUACAAUGGUAACACAGGACGGAACGCCCAUCACAGUACCUGCUCAUGAUGCAGUCAUUUCCUCAGCAGGAACACAUUCUGUUGCUAUGGUUACUGCGGAGGGUACAGAAGGGCAGCAGGUUGCAAUUGUGGCUCAGGACUUGGCAGCAUUCCACACUGCAUCAUCAGAAAUGGGGCACCAACAGCAUAGCCAUCACUUAGUAACCACAGAAACCAGACCUUUGACCUUAGUGGCAACAUCCAACGGCACCCAGAUUGCAGUCCAGCUUGGAGAACAGCCAUCUCUGGAAGAAGCCAUCAGAAUAGCAUCCAGGAUCCAGCAAGGAGAAACGCCAGGGUUAGAUGAUUAA